AUGACAGAAGCUUGGGCAGGAGUGAAGGUGAAGGUGAUGGUCAAGAGAAGUCAGAUUCUGGAGACGUUAUCAAGAUCUAAGAAGCAAGAUAACGAACUACAAGCGAGCAAUGAGGUUUUGGCAGGUUUAGAAGAUGAGAAACAGCUGGUGAGGAGGGCAAGCCUAAGGGGAACACCUGAGCAGCCCCCGAGAGAGCCGGCCGGCGGUGUGCCGCUCCCCUGCGGAAGUGGGGAAUGUGGCAGGGGGAACUGCCCUUCCACGGAGGUGGAAGGGAUAGUAGCCAACCCGGGAAGAACCAGCAGCAAACCGGGGAGGGCCGAGCAGACGAAAGAACAGCGCAGGGUCCUGUGUCGUUCCUCCACGAAGACGGGGAGCGACAAUUCUUACUGGCAUUUAUUGAAUGAUCUACUUAUUUCCUGUUGUAUUAAAGGGACCAGUUACUCUCCACAAGAAAAUUCACACAACCACAGUGCUCUUCAUAGUUCAAAUUCACAUUCUUCUAAUCCAAGCAAUAAUUCAAGCAAAACUUCAGAUGCACCUUAUGAUUCUGCAGAUGACUGUUCUGAGCAUAUUAGCUCUUCUGGGAAAAAAUACUACUACAACUGUCGAACAGAAGUUUCACAAUGGGAAAAACCAAAAGAGUGGCUUGAAAGAGAACAGAGACAAAAAGAAGCAAACAAGAUGGCAGUUAAUAGCUUCCCGAAAGAUAGAGAUUACAGAAGAGAGGUGAUGCAGGCGACAGCCACUAGUGGGUUUGCCAGUGGAAUGGAAGACAAGCAUUCCAGUGAUGCCAGUAGUUUGCUCCCACAGAAUAUUCUGUCUCAGACAAGCAGACACAAUGACAGAGACUACAGACUGCCAAGAGCAGACACUCACAGUAGUUCUGCGCCAGUACAGCACCCCAUCAAGCCAGUGGUUCAUCCAGCUGCUGCCCCAGGCGCUCUUCCUUCUAGUCCAUUUACGCUGCAGUCUGAUCACCAGCCAAAGAAAUCAUUUGAUGCUAAUGGAGCAUCUACUUUGUCAAAACUGCCUAUACCCACAUCUUCUGUCCCUGCACAGAAAACAGAAAGAAAAGAAUCUGCACCAGGAGACAAGGCAGUAUCACAUUCUUGCACAACUCCUUCCACAUCUUCUGCCUCUGGACUGAAUCCCACGUCUGCACCUCCGACAUCCGCUUCAGCAGUCCCCGUUUCUCCUGUUCCGCAGUCACCAAUACCUCCAUUACUUCAGGACCCAAAUCUUCUUAGACAGUUGCUUCCUGCUUUGCAAGCUACACUGCAGCUUAAUAAUUCUAAUGUGGACAUAUCCAAAGUAAAUGAAGGUAAAUUUUCAUAGUAACAAUGGUUAUCA